GGAUACUACCCGUUCUUUUUCACGCUGUCUUCUAUUUGGCCUCAAGUAAUGUAAGCAGUUACUCAGAAACUACGGAGGUGAAUAACGAUACUGGUUUUCGUAGAACGCGAAGAGUACAUAUAACAACACGGUUGUAGUAUAUACUUUAUUUUUAUUUUUUGUUAUUUUCAAGUUUGUUUCAAAAAUGGUUUUGGCAGAAAGGAAUGGUGAAGAGUUAACUACGCGAAAUGGUCGUAGAUCUCGCGGUGCAAGUCCAGCAAAUAAUGGCCAUUUCUCAGAUGAAGACAGCACGACAGAUGAUUCGGAGCAUGACUCCGGAAUGCGAAUUGGGGAAGAUUAUCAGGCGUGUGUUCCAGAAUUUCCAGUUUCUCUUGGCCCAUGUCCUGAAUUUGUUCCAGAGCGAGCCCUUUUGGUUUGGUCCCCUUGUCCAGAAAUACCUGAUAACAAAUUGGAUGAGUAUAUUAUAUUGGCAAAAGAAAAGUAUGGAUACAAUGCAGAACAAGCUCUUGGUAUGCUUUACUGGCAUAAAUAUGACUUAGAAAAAGCCCUGGCUGAUCUUCCCAAUUUUACCCCAUUUCCUGAUGAAUGGACAGUUGAAGAUAAGGUUCUUUUUGAGCAAGCAUUCCAGUUUCAUGGUAAAAGCUUUCACAAAAUUCGUCAAAUGUUGCCAGACAAGUCUAUAUCAAGUUUAGUGAAAUAUUAUUAUUCUUGGAAGAAGACAAGAACCAGAACCAGUCUAAUGGACCGACAGGCUCGAAAAAUGUCAGGUCACCAGAAUGAAAAUAGUAGUGAUGCAGGGUCAGAAGCAGUCUCUGAAAAUGACAGUGAUAUGGAGACAGAAAAUGGAGAAGGGAAAGAGGAAAGUUCCAAGACUUGCUCAAACUGUGGAGCAUAUUACUCCCAGUUAUUUCCUACUUCAAAAGGAAUUUUAUGCAAUGGCUGUUAUCAGUAUUGGCGUCGAACCGGGAUGAUGCGCAGUGCUGGUGGGCCAAUGAAGAAGCACGAGUCCACCUCGGCCCGUCACAACCCAAUGAGAAGUAAGAGAAAACCUCCCCGAGGCAUGUAUCUCAGUCAUGAAGAUUUGAUAUCUAUAGCAACAGGACCACCCAAUCAGGCUGAAAAUAGUCUGAGGUCAUUAGAUUUGGAAAUUGUUUCUUUAAAGAGACAGGUCCAGAAUAAUAAACAGAUGGUUAGCCAGUUAAAACACAAAAUCUCUGCUGGGAUCAAUGGGUUUUUGACUAAUGAGGCUGGAAAUCGAAUAAAUGCUCGAUGGACACACGAGGAACUUUUAUUGGCUGUUCAAGCCUGAAAAUAAAGCUACUGGUGCAUCAUAAAGGUUAGUUUUGUGUAAUUUUCAUUAAUGUUUUAAAGCAAGAUAUGAGACAAUUUCAAUAAAAAUAUUCCUUGAAUUAACAAGUCCUUGAAAAGAAAUUGCCGGGUUUGUGUGAAUCAUGUAUUAGAUUUUAGAUAUUUUUAGAAUAUUUUCCACCACAUGUUCUAUUUUAUCUGAUAUUUCUCUAGAGAUACUUAAGAAAAAAAACAACAAGAGUUGUAUAUGCUUUUGUGCAUUGAUUAGUUUUAUUUUUGGAAUAU